UCUGGCUUCAAUUCACUUCUCCGUCUGUCUGUCCUCGACGACUCGAAUCUCUGGGCGGUUCCUUCGUGCAGGAAAAGCUUGAAAGCGCAGCAACAAAACUACCAGCUAAGCUACAAACAUGGCGCCGGCGUGCUCGAGCGAGAGCCACGGUUGAACAAGUUGGACAAACUAAGUCGAGGAACUUUCACUUUGUAACAACCGUCGACUUGAGAGCGCGUCCGCCCGCCACCCAAGUAGUACGGAACUUGGCAAGCAACUUGCUUACAUGUCAACAGUCUCUCUUGUAAACAGCCGGUGCACGUCUAAUCAUGAUCGAAGACAAAGGUCACCGCGUAACGGACUACUUCGUGGUGGCCGGACUGACGGACAAGUCGGCGCCACUGGAGCACGAUCUUUCCGAGGCCAAGGCGAGCGGACCAAAAGCCCCUAUCACCGACCUGGCCGUCAUCAACAGAUCCGCCGGAGAGGCAGUGCCCGAGGGCUUCACCUGCAUCGACAGCACCCACGGCGGCCAGCCCGCCAACUUGAACCACGGCAGCCUCAAGAGCCCCGAGCUCUUCCUGUGCUACAAGCGGAGUCGUGGAAAGCCUCCGCUCAUCGACGUCGGCGUGCUGUACGAGGGCAAAGAACGUCUGAUCCAAGGCUGCGAGGUCAUUCAGGCCACGCCGUACGGCCGCUGCGCUAACGUCAACAACAGCUCGGCGACCUCGCAGCGCAUCUUCAUCACCUUCCGCCGCGCUCCUCCCGUCCUGCCCCAGAACUCUCUGGCGGUGACCGACAUCUGUGUCAUUGUUACAAGCAAGGGCGAGUCGCCGCCGCAUACCUUCUGCAAAGUGGACAAGAACCUCAACUGCGGCAUGUGGGGCUCAAGUGUGUUUCUGUGUUAUAAGAAAUCCGUGUCAGCAUCCAACUCCAUCACUUACAAGGCUGGUCUCAUAUUUCGCUACCCAGAGGAGGACUACGAGUCUUUCCCGCUGUCAGAGUCGGUUCCUCUCUUCUGCUUGCCCAUGGGCGCCAAGAUCGAAUGUUGGGCACCAAACACCCGAGACCCUUUACCUGUCUUCUCCACGUUUGUGUUGACUAUCAGCUCGGGUGAAAAGGUGUACGGUUCGGCCAUCCAGUUCUAUGAGCCCUACCCGGUAGAGCAGCUGAGUGAGAAGCAGAAGAUCCACCUGGGCCUGCUCACUACUGUGGAAAAGAAAAUGAUCCCCAACCGUCCCUUGAACGCCAACAAAUGUAUCUGCCUCCUCUCUCACUGGCCAUUCUUUGAAUCUUUCCGCAAAUUCCUGAUGUUCCUCUACAAGCUGUCCGUCUCCGGCCCGCACCUGUUGCCUAUUGAGAAGCACAUUUCACACUUCAUGCACAACGUGUCCUUUCCGUCACCGCAAAGGCCACGAAUUUUGGUCCAACUUUCGGCACAUGACACCUUGAUCCUCUCCCAGCCUGUUUCUACACCUUUACCCCUCAGCGGUGCGGACUAUGGGACUCUCUUGAUGAAUCUGGGUUCUGAGAACUGUGCCACUUUGCUGCACUUUGUCUUAUUGGAGAGCAAGAUCCUGCUGCACUCGCUUAGACCGGCCGUGCUCACCGGAGUGGCGGAGGCUGUCGUGGCGAUUAUCUUCCCCUUCCAGUGGCAGUGUCCCUACAUCCCCCUGUGCCCGCUCUCCCUCGCAGGGGUCCUCAACGCCCCGUGUCCAUUUAUCGUGGGCGUCGACUCCCGUUACUUCGACCUCUACGACCCGCCGCCGGACGUCGUCUGCGUCGAUCUGGACACCAACACCAUCUAUUUGUCUGAUGAGAAGAAGCACGGUAACUGGAAAAACCUCCCGAAGAAGCCCUGCAAGAGCUUGAUCAACUCCUUGAGCAAUUUGCACCACCAACUAGCCACAGUUUCUGUCCGUCAAACGGCGCAGACAAACUCUGCGGUGGACAUGACACCCAUCGAGGCCGACUUCACUUGGCACAAGAAGAAGACUGCCCUGGAGAUGGAGAUCCAGGAGGCUUUCCUGCGCUUCAUGGCCUCCAUUCUCAAAGGCUACCGCUCCUACCUCAAACCCAUCACCCAAGCACCGUCUGAGAAGGCCACGGCCGCCGACUCCCUGUAUGAUUUACAAGGUUUUCUCAAGAGCAGAGACCGUACACAUCAGAAGUUCUACUCGCAGCUGACCAAGACUCAGAUAUUCAUCCGCUUCAUUGAGGAAUGCACGUUUGUCAGCGACAAAGACACCGGUUUGGCCUUUUUCGACGACUGUGUCGAGAAGCUUUUUCCCACGUAUAAAAUCACAGAGAAGGGCACCAAGGUCGAGGGGGAAUCUUCAGAAGAUACUAGACUCUUAGAGCUGGAUGAGUCGCAGAAGAGCGAGCACACAGUUUUCGUGAUGCCUCCCGAGCCUCCGGCUGAGGAUGAAGCGCACGCCGUAUAUACUUACAAAGGAUUCCCCUGGCUAAAGUUAGAACUGUUUGACCGUCCGAGAGAGCUGCGUCCGGCAAUCAGCAGCAGAGCAGCGGGCGCCAGUCUUUCCAGCAGCCCUGCGCUACUGGCAAAGCGGACCAAGCAGGAGAUCAAACUAGCAUACAAAUUGGCCAAGCGCUUCUACGGCAACCCUCAGCUGUGGGCCCGCUGUCUUUUCAGUCACUGUUACAGCCUGUGGUUCAUCUGUUUGCCGGCGGCCGUACGCCUAGCCAAAUCCAAAAGCCGUGCUAUGCAACAGGCGUAUAAUGUCCUCUUGAAGAUGAGGACGACUGAGGUGGAGGUUUUGGAUGAGGUUUGUUACAGAGUUGUGAUGCAGCUCUGUGGGAUUUGGGGUCUUCCCGUCAUGGCCGUGAGAGUAUUGGUCGAGAUGAAGAAAGCCGGCGUUCGUCCCAACGCCAUCACAUAUGGAUAUUACAACAAGGCAGCCUUAGAGAGCCCGUGGCCCAGUCGAAACCGCAGCGGCCUUUUUAUGUGGACCAAGCUUCGCAACGUCCUGCGUGGGGUCGUCCAGUUCAAGCACGCUCUGAACCAGUCGCCAUCCAGAAAGACACCAACAGUCUCCAACACAGUGUCCUCGGGGAGCGCCGACCUCAACUUGGAGGAUCACGUCUUUGCUCGGAAUCUGCAAGCAGGAGACGCCGAACAUGAGCACUGUCAUACAAGUAGUCAGUCCGAUCAGGGCUACGGCUCCAAGGAUGAGUUGCGUCAGGAGAUGCAUUCGGCGGACCUUCUGACCGAUAAGAAAUGGAAAACCAGAAAACAGCAUCAAGGAGGUGACAUUGCCGGAUCCGUGGACAGCGCCUUGGCAGUCGCGGAGCCUCAGAGUCCUGUCGACGCACCUUCGCCCGGGCCCAGUAUCGUGAGAUUGUCUACCGGGAGCUUUGACGCCGGCGAUGAAUCUGUUAAAGGAAAGCUGUUCCGAAGGCACAGCAAGGCGGACGACGUGUCUCUACCCGAUGACGACGCCUCCGCAGAAGUGCCCGAUCCGCCUCAGAAGCAGCGGAAGAAAGCGUUUGCCGAACGUAGCCGAAGUUUUAGCGCCGAAACGCGUGCCGGAAUGCUUUCGGAAAAAGGUGUGGACCACAUGGCCGGCCAGCUCGGCGCCGACGCCCGCAUUCUGGCUGCGGCGCUUUCCACCGGACAGAACAGCGCCGGCGGUGCGGCCAAGGCUCUUUUUCAGGACCUGGAGGAAGAACCAGAAGACGUGGAUCCGGAGAAGGAAGAAGAGAAGGAAUUUGAGAAAGUUGAGCAAGAGUAUGAAGGAAUAGUGGAAAAGUGGGAGAGAAAACAGAGCGAAACAAACGAGGAGUCGUCCGCGGUGCGUACCGUUAGCCUGGAAAGGGCGGAUGUGGAGGUGGGUGCGGAUCCCCUUUCACUCUUGAUGUCUGAGAGCCAAGAAUCUGACUCUGUAAAUAGCCAAGAGCUCUCUCGCUCCAGCAACCCUGUGAUUUCCCGCAACCUAGCGGAGGAAAUUGAAAUGUACAUGAGCUUGCGAAGCCCCCUGGGCGCCAAGUCCACCAGCACGGAGCUCAAGCAAGCACAGGGAGACUCCGCCGAUGGCCCGCGUCCCAUACAAUCUUUGGAAAGGAGGUCCAGCCUUCCCGCGCCUCCGCCGCGAACACCUACGGGGUCGCCCGCCAACACGCCCAAACGCAGCCCCGCCGCCGUCACUCGCUCCAAAACCUUCGCCGCCAAGACAAAGCCUCCCGUCGGCAGGACCGCCAGCCCGACCGUGAGAUCGUCUUCGCUGGCGCCGCUUAUCAAAUCUUCUCAGGGAGGAUCGCUGGGCUCGGUCAUCAACUCAAUUUCAGCCAUGAAAAUGGACAACUUGCUGUCCGGGCCCAAAAUUGACGUGCUCAAAUCAGGAAUGAAGCAGGCGGCUAACGUCGCCAGCAAAAUGUGGGUAGCCGUCGCGACGGCUUAUUCGUACUCGGACGAUGAGGAAGAACAAAGUCCAAGUGGAGGAGGCUUCCCAGCCAGCCUGGAUGAAAACAUGUUGAGAAGGCACGACGUUGAGGACUGUACCGAAAGAGGGGCCAUCCCGGGUUUGGUAGCUAAUGGUCUGAACCAGAGCUGCACCAGCAUCGGCAGCAGCAGUAGCAGCAGCGACACAGGCCGAGGGACGCACCAUGCAACUCCCGGGCGAGCGGGCAAAGCUACUGACUCGGAGCAAGGCUCAUCGCAUCACGCGUCUUCCUCCAGCAUCUUUCAGAACUACGCGUUGGAGGUGCUGAUGUCAAGCUGCUCCCAGUGUCGCUCCUGCGAAGCGUUGGUGUACGAUGAAGAAGUCAUGGCGGGGUGGACUGCCAACGACUCCAACCUCAAUACAAAUUGUCCGUUCUGUCAAGCGGCCUUCCUUCCCCUUCUACACAUCGAGUUUCAUGACUUGCGCACUAUGACCGGAUUCUACAUGAAUCCCAGUGCGUCCGGAGACAGUAUUCACAGUUCAAAUGGUGGCCAAGCAUCAACUCCCAGUGACACAAAGACAACAGAGCACAUUGAUUUUCCAGAGGAAAUAAAGGAUACUCUGGAAAAUACCCCCGCAACGCAUAAGAGUAUGAUUCCGGCGCCACUGCAAUCUGACCCGCUGGGUCUAUUGGAGCACCAGGCGUCGGCGAAAAGAUGCGGCGGCUCAUCGCUGACGCGCAGCAAUAGUGUCGGCGGCCCACUGCAGUGCCUGGACUCCCCUCUGCGACCCAGUCACGGCAUCUCCACCACUAGCCUUCCGGGCAGCCUACAUGAGGCGCCGGAUGGAAUGGCGGCAAAAAAGCCGAAUCCCAAGCCCGUGUCUGUGCCUUACCUCAGCCCCCUAGUCCUGCGCAAAGAACUGGAGACACUCCUAGAGAAUGAGGGAGACCAGGUGAUUUACACCCACAAGUUCCUCAGUCAGCAUCCAAUCCUCUUCUGGAACCUGGUGUGGUAUUUCCGUCGUCUGGACCUGCCAACUCACUUACCCGGCCUCAUCCUGACCUCUGAACAUUGCAACAACGGUGUGCAGCUGCCCUUGACGUCGCUGUCCCAGGACAGUAAGCAAGUAUACAUCCAGAUCCUGUGGGACAACAUUAAUCUCCACCAAGAGGCCGGAGAUCCCCUUUACCUGCUGUGGAGGACCUUGUUGGAAAAGAAGGGCACGUUGGCACCAACGGAUCACCAGGAGAUCCGCACGCUCCUCAACACCAUCGUGCGCAACAUCCAGACCAACGACGUGUACGGCCCCAUCAACCUGCUGAUCCGAGAAAUCAAACGCCGUCCGGAGGACGUCAAGCGCCAGCGGAGCAUUUACAGAGAGAUCUUAUUCCUCUCCCUUGUGGCAUUGGGACGAGAGAACAUCGACAUCGAGGCCUUUGACAGGGAGUACCAGCUAGCCUAUGAGGAACUUAGCGCCGAGCAACUCAAGUCUCUGCACCCAAUCGAUCGGCCGCCCGGCGCCAGCGUCCGGUUCUGCCUUAAAAGUUUCGGCGCCCCGUUCAUCUAGUCCGCAAGUGGGUCUUAAGGAAAACCGUUUCAGCUUUUAUUCUAUUUUUGCUAGCCAGCUUCAUGUGCUAGAAAUGUUUGCCAUUACUUUCACUGGUAGUAUGUCUUACUAGAAUGCCAAAGUUGUAACCUCCGUGAAGGUGGCCCCCCAUCAGACGCAAAGUUAUGAUGUCAAUUGUUUGUGCUGCUAUUGUUUUUGAGAUAUUUAAAAAAAAAAAAAUUCGAGGUCAAUCUGCGUUCAACCAGCCCCCCAUUUCGAUUAAAAAUGGUGUCAAUCGUUUGUGCUGCAAGAGUUUUGUGAAUAUUAUUCUUUUAAUUUGUAGUGAUAACGUCACACAGCACCCCCAUCUACGGCGGAACGGAACCGCAACGUUGUCGUUCGUUUGUGCUAGGUUUGUGCUGCAAAAAUUUUUGUUGGUGCUGCUGUCGUUUUAUAGAUAUGGAGGUAUUAAUUUCCAGUGAUUAUGUCACUCGCAGAUUGGCUUACAGAGCGCACAAACUCUCUCAAUAACCAAGGGGUGUCCCAACAACUAGGGCAAACGAAUGGCACCGCUUUGGCUCCAUUUUGCAGUAAAUGCGGAGCUUGAGAUAUUAAUUUUGAGUUAUGACAUCACUCGCAACCCCCCCAUUUACUGCUACGUUUGCGCUAGCUGCCGGUGCACCCCUCUGUUAUUGAGAGAGUUUUAGGAUACAGAUGGGCUGCAAGUGACGUCAUUACUUGAAAUGAAUAUCUCAAUAAUUAUAAAACGUUAGUAUCACCAAUGAAAAUUUUUGCAGCACAAACGGAGCGACAGCGAGAACCAAAAGUGGUAUUUGCCAUGUGGCAAAAUGGAUUUUGCCAUGUAGCACUUUUUUUGCCAUGUGGCAAAAUGGAUUCUGCCAUGGCAUUUUAUCUUUGCCAUGUGGCAAAAUGGAUUUUGUCAUGUAGCAUUUUCAUGCUAAGUGUUUGGUCACAAAUCACAGCCACAAUGUUUUUCUGCCGUUUAAAAUGAAUGGGAAAUUUGUACGUGCAUAGCCGUCAAUGGCAUGGACGUGCAUGGCCUUCAAAACUGCCAUACCACCUCCCCCACCAAAUGCCACAUGCCCCCGCAAAAAAUGCAACUAACCAAAAUCAAAUACCAAAAAAAAAAAAAAUGCCACAUGGCAAAAAAAAGCCACAUGGCAAAAUGGAUUUUACCCCAUGGCAAAAAAAUGCCACAUGGCAAAAUCCAUUUUGCCACAUGGCAAAAAAAGUGCAACAUGGCAAAAUCCAUUUUGCCACAUGGCAAAAAAAUGCCACAUGGCGAAAUCCAUUUUGCUAAAUGGCAAAAAAGACACAUGGCAAAAUCCCUUUUGCCACAUGGCAAAAAAAAGUCACAUGGCAAAAAAGUGGCACAUGGCAAAAUCCAUUUUGCCACAUGGCAAAAAAAAAGCUACAUGGCAAAAUCCAUUUUGCUACAUGGCAAAAUAUGCCACAUGGAGAAAUCCAUUUUGCUACAUGGGGGAAAAAAAGCCACAUGGCAAAAUCCCUUUUGCCACAUGGCAAAAAAAAAGUCACAUGGCAAAAUGGAUUUUGCCACAUGGCAAAAAAAUGCCACAUGGCAAAAUCCAUUUUGCCACAUGGCGAAAUCCAUUUUGCUACAUGGCAAAAAAAAAAAAAAGGUAAAUACCACUUUUGGUUCUUGGCCCUGCUGCACAAACGAGUGGUAGCAAUACGGUUCUGUUCCGCCGUAGAUGGGGGGAUGGGCUGUGUGAUGUCAUCACUACAAAUUGAAAGCGUAAUAUCGUUACAGCACAAAUGACUGACCCCAUUUUUAGCCAUUUUUAAUCAAAAUGGCGAGCUGGUUGACCUCAGAUUGACCUAUAAAAGAAUUGUAAAUAUCUUAAAAAGCAAUAGCACAAACGUAGCACAAACGAUUGAAAUUUUUAUAUAAAUUUGCGUCUGAUGGGGGGGGGGGUUGUACAAUGUGGACCUUGAAGUGGGUAUCAGAUUUUCCACUGAUGCUGCAACACUGAAUAGUGUCCACUUGUAGGCGCUCUUUCACUCCUGACAGAGGGCAGAUAGUUGACUCUUAGUGCACUUUCUUUCAGAGAAAACUAAGUUACUCAAGUUGAUAGAUGUGACGUGAGGAGAAAAUAAAAUUGUGGCGUGAAUAUAGAGCAAGCGGGUGGACAAAAUGCUCAUUUGUAGACACAAUAUAUGCAAUCGAAGCUCCUGAUUUUGCGCUAAUGUUAUAUUGUGGCUACAUGUUAGCAUUUUGCACAUACAGUAUGAUAUUUUCAAGUCGAGAGAUCUGUAAGCUCACUUUUCGUAUAUAUAGAUGUGUUUAUGUAUACUUUUGACAGUUGCCGCACAAUGUUAAAGUGUCGCGUGGUGUUUAAGUACUGCUGAUUUAUAAAUUUAAGAACAUUCCACACCAAGUGCUGCAAUGAAGGAGUAGCAAGGACAUAAUGGAACAUUCCAGUUUCCCAACUGAUCCAGCCCGGGUGAAGAUGAGAUGACCUCACCACGGGAUCUUAACUUGCUGAUCCUCCGAAACAUAAAACAAAACAAAAAUGUUUUUCUAUUUAUUUUUGUAUUAUUGACAUAAAAAUUGCAGUUAUUCUAGUCACUUUUUUUAAUGACUAAUAACCAUUUUAAUGUUUAAGGUUUUUUUCUCAAAAGUGAUCUCACCGUCCUAUAGUAGGGAAUUGAAUGAGUACAAAAAAAAGAUGCUGCAAUAAACAAGUAUGUGAAAGAAUGAAAAUCUUGGGAUGUUCUGGUCUUAUAUUUCUCAACCUCCCUCUGAAAUAUAAUUGUCAUAAUAUAAAAGAAAAUCAUUUAAUUGCUGAAUUACAGUGGAGCAAAUAAGUAUUUAGUCACAAUUAGUGGUUGACUAAAUACUU